AUGUCACAAGAGGAAGAAGAUUUUGUUUUACUGGAAUCAUCAGAUGGAUAUACUUUCGUGGUCUCCAAGAAAAUCGCUAUAGCUAGUGGAACAUUGAAAACGAUGUUGGACGAGGAAGCCGCUUUCGAAGAAGCUAAGAACAAGACUUGUAAAAUCCAACAACGAGGAGUGAUACUUCUCAAAGUCAUUGAAUACUUAGCAUACAAAGUACAAUAUGCUGAGUUCAACGCUGAAGAUAUUAAAGAAGACUUUUCAGAUAGGAUUGAUCCUUACAUCGCUUUGGAACUAUUAACAGCAGCCGAUUUCCUCGAAGCUUAA